UUUUAAAUUUUCUACAUGUGCAUAUUUUUAUUUUAUUUUUUCGCAAUUGAUUUGUUGAAAUACGAAAAUUCAAAAAUUUUUAAAUGUCUGCUAACUUCAGGAUCAUAAAUUUAAAUUCAAAAUUAAACAAAAUAAUUUGCAUUUCUUAUCAAUUUAUUGAUUGCACACAUUUUUGGAACAACGCAAGUCCACAGCUGAUUUUUCUACUCAACAGAUGUAUUUUUUAAAUAUUUUAAGAUUAAAUUAAAAUAAUGUAUGAACUAGCUCCACUGACCGGUGAAAAUAUACCAUGGGAUAUAUUAAUAAAUUAUUGUGAUAAAAUAUCUGAAGAAAUCAAAGUCCGAUUAAUUGUUUUAAUUAAUGACAUUAAAUCGUCAUUGGAAUUAAAUAAGAUACCCGAACAAAUAGAUUAUAAAUUAAUUGAAUUGGAAGCAUGUUUGGAUAGAACGUGGGAAGAUUUAAAUACCGGACACUGGAAAGAUGUUCCUGUUAAUUAUAGACAUUGUUAUACAAUUUGUAGUUUAUUGAAGUGUAUUCUUUUAGAAGUCAAUUCAAAAGAUAAAAAUACUUUGGAAGAAGUAAUGAAGGAAAUCGCCAAACAAAUAGACAAAGGAUUAUUAUUAGGAGCUCCUAUUGACCAACAGCCCGAAUUAUUAACAAACAUCGCCUCGAAAAUAAAUAACUAUUGUUCAAAUAAAAUUUCAUCUGUGACAUCAGAAAAGUCAUUGGAGUUUGAGAUUGAAGAUAAAAAUUUAUCAUAUGAAUUAUUAGAAGGGUGCGAGUGGUUGAAAAGAUACAAAACUCCGUCUAUGGAAACAUUUUAUCGCGAGAUAUUCAAAUCUAAAGUACCCGCUGUUUUGGAAGAUUGUAUUGGACAUUGGAAAGCAUUAACUUUGUGGAAAGAUCAAAAUUAUUUAAUUAAAAUCGGUGGGAUGAGAACGGUACCCAUUGAAAUAGGAUCAAGUUACACUGAAGAUGAUUGGUCUCAGCAACUUUUGACUCUUGCGGAAUUUAUUAAAGGACAUGUUGCAAAAAAAAAUGAUACCGUUGGUUAUUUAGCCCAGCAUCAGCUAUUCGAGCAAAUUCCAGAGUUGAAGAAUGAUUUCACAAUACCAGAUUACUGUAAUUUUACUGAUGAUGAUAAGGAAGACAGUGCGAUAGAUAUCAAUGCAUGGUUUGGGCCAAAAGGUACCGUGUCACCUCUGCAUUAUGACCCAAGAGAUAAUUUACUGUGUCAAGUAUUUGGAUACAAACAAGUGAUACUUUAUCAUCCAGAUGAUAGUAAAUAUUUGUAUACAUAUGACACAAGGCUACUGUGUAAUACAGCACAAGCAGAUCCAAUAAAUCCUGAUUACAAUAAAUUUCCAGAGUUUAAAAAAGCUCUAGGAUUUAUGUGUCAUCUCAAGCCAGGAGAAAUUUUGUAUAUUCCACCAAAGUGGUGGCAUCACGUUGUCAGUCUCUCCCCAAGUUUUUCAAUAAGUUUUUGGUGGAAUUAA